GGUGCGGCCCGCCUCCAGCUGACCCGCCUGGAAUCCCGGCUCGGAGCUCCGGACUCGCGCCCGCCUGCGCGCCCGCUCCCUCCCCCUCCCCCCGCCCCGCGCCCCCCGCCGCUGCCGCCGCCGCCUCCGCUUCCUCCGAGGGGGGCUCAGGCCCAGCCGCCGUCGCCUCCGAGCUCCGCCGCCGCCGCCGAGCACCAUGGGAGACGCCGGGAGCGAGCGCAGCAAAGCGCCCAGCCUGCCGCCUCGCUGUCCCUGCGGCUUCUGGGGGUCCAGCAAGACUAUGAAUCUCUGUUCCAAAUGCUUUGCUGAUUUUCAAAAGAAACAACCAGAUGAUGAUUCCACCCCAAGUACAAGUAACAGCCAAUCAGAUUUGUUUUCCGAAGAGACCACCAGUGACAACAACAAUACCUCUGUAACCACGCCAACUCUUAGUCCCAGCCAGCAGUCGCUCCCGACAGAACUGAAUGUAACUUCACCGAGUACAGAGGAAUAUUCACAGUCCGAGAACGAGGCCUCACCCGUGAAACGACCGCGACUAGUAGAGAACCCCGAGCGGCCUGAGGAGAGCGGUCGGUCGAAGCAGAAGAGCCGACGCCGCUGCUUCCAGUGCCAAACCAAGCUGGAGCUGGUGCAGCAGGAACUGGGAUCCUGUCGCUGUGGCUACGUGUUCUGUAUGUUACAUCGCCUCCCAGAGCAGCACGACUGUACAUUCGACCACAUGGGCCGCGGCCGCGAGGAAGCCAUCAUGAAAAUGGUGAAACUGGACCGGAAAGUGGGGCGCUCCUGCCAGCGCAUCGGGGAGGGGUGCUCCUGAAGGCCAGGCACGCCCACCACACGACGCUGUUCUUAGUUCACUAAUGUUAGCCUUAUUUAGGACAAAGUCAGCCAGACACCUUGUACUGGGCACGCGUCAGACCACAGCCGGCCGUUUCCUUUCUUUAGCCAGCCAUCCUGGUACUGUAGGUUAGGGGUUGAUGGUGGAUGAAAUUGAUUUCUGGCUGGUUACUAAGGUGCCUGCUAGCCAUUGUAUAAAAUUAAAACAUGAAGAAUAUUUGUUUUGAGCAUGGCUAGUGGAUUUACAACAACACAUGCCUGUCACUGCUGGAGUCAGACUUACAAAAGCCUUAAGCGGAGAGUGUCCAGGCCAGGCUGAGUCAGUAGCGGAGGGCGGGCCUCGGCGCCCACGCUCGCAGCUUUGACAGAAACUCUUCCAUGGUCGGCCUUUCACCUCUUCACUUUCGCUUGGUCCCAGCAGGACCUGAUGGCCACGCGUGCCUUGGCCACAGGAAGCUGCCGAGACUGGCCGUGUGGCUGGGCUAGGCUGUGCCCUCACUCUCCCUCAGCGCUGGAAGUCGGGGGUGGGGGCAGGUUCUGUGGAAGCAGCUUUUUGCCUGUUGUUACGGGGAAACUCAUCACACAAGAAGAGACAACUUCACUUUGAAAAUUAGAUCCACUCAAGAUUAGUCCACGCAUGAUCCCCACCUUUUCUGCACAGGAUCCGUGGUCGUGACCCCACUGGCUCUGGCUGUAGCUUGCCAAGGGCAAUGGCGUUGCUUGUGACAGCCCUGGGGCUGAGGCCUGCACCUGGGCCUUGGCAACCGGAUUUCUUUCUUUGGAGUUUGAAAAGCUGUCUCCUGACCGCGAGAAUCAGUGAGCGCACAGGGGAGCCGCUGCUGCCAACCCGGCAGGGCCUUGCCUCCAUGUGUUUCUAUGUGUUUCUAUGCAGCCAUAGUUUGAGGACAGCCAGGCACCCACCUCAGGACAAGUUCAGGAAGGGAAGACAGUGGACUGUACGGGACCUGGUGUGUGUGGUGUUGUGAAUGGUGGGGCUGUGGGUGGGAGAUCACUCUCAGCCUGGGCCUGAGUGGGGCUGGGUAGAAAACAUUAACAGUCAGGUGGGUGGGGCCAGGGAGAUUCUAGGAGUCCCUUGAAAGCCUGGAUCAGGUCUAAGUGCCACACAGGUGCCACCUGUCCCAGAUUGUGGCUUGGCAUGGAGCUGCCCACGUCUGGCUGCUGAUGAACGGUUUAGCCCAGUGACUUCCCUCUGUGUAGCUGAGCAAGGUCUGCUCUCCAGAGGAACACAUCUGCAUUGAACACAUCUGCAAGUACAAUGUCUUGAUCCAAAACAGCAAAUAGGAAAUCAUGUUCUUCCCACCCUGCACCCUGUCUGCACCCCCACGGGGACCCAGUGCAGAAUCUCCAGCCUUAAUUCUUGCUUCAGGACCCAGACCAGCGCCUCACUCUAGGGCAGCCCAGGACGCAGGUGCCAAGUCUGCCUAGCGUUUACCACUGUUGUUAAGCCACAGCCCUUGGCCACCACAUGGUCAUCCUCAGUGAGGCGCCAUGAACCCUUCUUAGGCCCUCAGGUCCCCAUAGCACUGGGAGGGGGCGCUGGGGACCAUGUGCCCAGGGACUGCAGCCAGGUUCACUCUGCUGGGAGAGCUGGCUGGGGGGAAGGGCUUGUUCCCUACAGUGUCUGUUCUGUGAAGUUUGUUACGUGUAAGGGAAGCUGAAGUUCUUGUAUCUUUAAAGAGGAAAUCUUAUUUAACCCUUUGUGUCCUAGAUUGACUUACACACAUAGCCUAGAGCUCAGUUUUAGUUUAACAUUGUGAAAAUAUUAAAAGAAUCUUGUAACUUUAUUCUUUUUUUUUCUCCUGCUGAAACAAAUUAAACCAAUCAUAUGGACAUUUGGAUUGUCUGUGUUGGCGGCUCUCCUAGUGCCCCAGGAUGUCCAGGAAGGGAGGGCAGCGCCUCCCUGCUUGUAGCAGGGCUCCAUAGUACCUGGGGUGAUUUGCCCAGUGCGUGCCCAGGUCCAGCAGCCGCGUCCCUGUGUGGAUGCCAGAAGGUCCUAGUGCAGGCAUGGCAGGGGUGCCGUGUCUCUGGGGCCAUCUCUUGAGGACCCCAGGUAUGGGUGGGUUGGGUGUCUGGGGACUUGAGUCUAGCACGGGUGAGGGCAGGCGGGAUGAAUGCUGCCCUCUCCUGGGUGGCUGCAGGGAUGAGCACAUGACUUGACGGUCAGGAGACACUCAACUCUUUUUUGAAAGUUCUACCUCAGGCAGAGGAAUGGCACCUACACCACCCCACAGUUGCCAGAGGGUGAUGGAAAAUGGCCAGGAAGUUCAGAGUGCUUGGCACAGGGCAGGAGAAAGCCAGCAGGCUAGUCUGACGGCUGAAGUGUGGCCAAGCCAGGCUCUCUAAUGGCUACAGAGAGAAAAGGCCCUGGGGAACUCUGAGAAGCACCCCUCCCUACCACCUCCACCCCCUACGAGCACAGAGUGUAGUGCAGGAAGGCUCUGUCCUCUGCAGCCAUCACAGCACCUGUCGAGUGAGCAAGGGAGGGGGAACCUCUGUCUGAGGCGCCUUGCACUGGAAAGGGGGGCACCUAACUUAUCUUCUAAUCCAAGGGUCUGGAGAAUGUCUCAGAUCCUGAAGUGUAUGUAGAAUAUUAAGUAAAACAGGAAAUAAAUGUGUUAUACCCUCUCCCA